UCAUGGGCCGGCGGCGGGAGUGAGCGGGAGCGACGGGCGAGGAGCCGCCACCCGGCCCGCGAUGUCACCAUUGUUCAGCUGGGUGGCCAAGGUGCCUGAGAUCAUCAGCUCCAUCCGCCAGGCCGGGAAGAUUGCCCGGCAGGAGGAGCUCCAUUGCCCGUCCGAGUUUGACGACACGUUUGCCAAGAAGUUUGAGGUGCUCUUCUGUGGCCGGGUGACGGUGGCUCACAAGAAGGCCCCUCCGGCCCUGAUCGACGAGUGCAUUGAGAAGUUCAACCACGUCAGUUGCAGCAGGAAAGCCGAAUUUGACUUGGUCUCCCAGAAUUCUGAAACCCCAAAUCCUGCGGGAGGCCUUUCCUUCACGGAGAAGUUCCGAUCUGUGCUCCAGCCAGUGGGGAACGGCGAGCAGGGCCGGAGGCCGAUGCGCAAAUCCUUCUCCCAGCCCGGGCUGCGCUCGUUGGCCUUUAAGAAGGAGUUUCAAGAUGGAAGCCUUCGAAGUAGUAGUUUUUUCAGCUCCUUUGAGGAAAACGACAUUGAGAACCACCUCCUUAGCGGACACAAUAUUGUGCAGCCGACAGAUAUUGAGGAAAAUCGAACUAUGCUCUUCACGAUUGGCCAAUCUGAAGUUUACCUCAUCAGUCCUGACACCAAAAAAAUAGCAUUGGAGAAAAAUUUUAAGGAGAUAUCCUUUUGCUCUCAGGGUAUCAGACACGUGGACCACUUUGGGUUUAUCUGCCGAGAGUCUUCAGGGGGCGGAGGCUUUCAUUUCGUCUGCUACGUGUUUCAGUGCACCAAUGAAGCUCUGGUUGAUGAAAUCAUGAUGACCCUGAAGCAGGCAUUCACCGUGGCUGCCGUGCAGCAGACAGCAAAGGCACCUGCCCAGCUGUGUGAGGGCUGCCCCCUGCAGGGCCUGCACAAGCUCUGUGAGCGGAUAGAGGGUGAGUAG